AGGUGCACGUGUGUCGUUGGAGAGAGUUGGGGUGCUUCAAAGAUGAAUACUCCCACAUUUCUAAAGGAUAAAAAGUUCUGGUUCGCCUCCUUCCUCGUAGCCUGGGCAGCUGCGCUCCAGGCACAUAUGGCGUGGUUGCAGAAGCAGGAUUCAUUCAAGGCGAAGUUUGGGGAUUUAAACCAAAAGGAAGAUGAUCAGACUGAUAACUGAAGUGGAACUCCUGCAGUCUCAGAAGGCUAGUGUGCAUAUAUGCAGUUUGAACAUCUUUGGAUUUUACGGCUGAUAAAUCAUUUGAAAUUUUGUUUUAUUCAUUAAAGGCCUGAUUAAUUUUUCCUAGAAAAACUGUUAAGAAAAUGAGAAUUUUAUGAAUUCUUUUUAGUGAUAAUUAUGUCCCAUUGACUGUCUGUAGGACAUAAUUUCAGUCUAAUACACUUUACCAACUCUAUAUGUUAAUUGUACUGUGUGAGGUAUGUGCAUGAGUUAAGUUCCUAUCAGCCACAGCAGAUACUUGGAUGAUGUCAAAAUAUGUGCAAAUGUUUGCUUCAGUUCCUUGAAAAAUGGCUCUUGAAAUUAUCUUAUUGGUUGAUACAAGAU